AGUAAUAAAAAAUAAGCAUCCAAAGGAAAAGACAGCAUAAUUUGUGUAGUUUUAGAAAAAUGAAAUAUUUGCAACUGAACAAAAACGCGAUUUAGCGAUAAAAGGUUAUCUAGUGAGUCACGAAAUUCACCCGUGUUUGCACAGGUAGUAUAGGUGAUUGUUACGAUGUUCACGCCAUUUAGAGAUAACCGAAGUGGAAUAUUGCAAAUAACAGUCAUAAAUGAUUGAUUGCCACUGGAUAUAGAUGCCUUUAAAAGAUGAGUUUAUCAUUCUAUCUAAAGUGAAUUAGAAAUUUUAAAAACUUCCUGAAUAUUGAAAUGUGAUUGUGGAAACAGAAUUCAUCAACGUUGAGAUGGGAAACUGUUGGUCCAGAAACAGACAACAGUCGGGUUCAACUGCAAAUCAACAUAGAAACAACUAUGAUAAUAUUAAUAGUCACACUUCUAGAGGCAACGUUCAUGUUUAUGAUAAAAUCAAGAGUCAAAAUCAGAAUGAUUCCUCGAAUGAAUAUAUUGAUCUUCAGACAUCAGCUGGCACAAAAAGCUCUACGAAUUCUGAAGGAAUUUAUGCCGAUAUUGUAGAGACAAACGUUAGAAUACCACGACUUGGCAAAUAUCCAGUUAUGGCUGCAAUAGAUUUUGGGACAGCAUACAGCGGCUAUGCAUUUGCACUGAACAGUUCAGAAACCAAAAUACAACUUCCAACGUGGUCUGGCAGUGAAACAAUGACAAACAAAGCACCAACUGCAGUCUUAUUUGGACCAGAUAAGUCUUUUCUAAAGUUUGGAUACGAAGCUAUUGCGUACAUGCAAGAUAACCCAAACGAAGAAGAUCUCGAUAAAUUUUACUUCUUCCAAGAUUUUAAAAUGCUACUUUAUCAGACAGAGGAUUUAUCAUUGGAAACUAAUAUUCAAGAUGUAACGGGUCAGAAAAGUUUACCUGCAAUUGUAGUUUUCUCAAGUGUUAUUAAAUUUUUCUCGGACAAUCUAAUUUCUAAUUUUUCCAAUCGCUUUGGUGGUACAUCUUAUGAGCUGAGCGAUAUAUUUUGGGUAAUUACCGUACCUGCCAUUUGGAGUCUGAAAGCAAAAUACUUCAUGAGAGAGGCUGCUGCAAAAGCUGACAUACCAUUAAGUCAAUUGGCAAUUGCACUAGAACCGGAAGCAGCAAGCGUGUUAUGUCGUACAAUUGAAGUAUACGUCUCAUCGAAUGACGGAAUAGGAGGUGUGAGGAAAACUCUCUGUUCAAUACCAGAAAAAUCUACGUAUCUAGUCGUGGAUAUGGGAGGUGGUACAGUAGACAUAACUCUCCAUCAGGUCCUGGAAGGAGGAGGACUCCGUGAACUUCACAAAGCUAGUGGUGGGGACUACGGGGGAAACCAAGUCAAUAAAAGAUUUAUAAAAUUCAUUGAAGAGUUAUUCGGACAAAGUGUCAUAGAACUGAUCAAGCAGCAGCAUCCAUCUGACUGGGUUGAAAUUCUUACAAAUUUUGAGCACAAAAAGAGAACGACAAUGAAAUCUAACGAUCAGGAGAGGGUUGUUAUUAGAUUCCCUGUAUCAUUUGUGGAGGAGUACAACAAUCUGAAGAAUUCAGACUUCCAUGAAAGAAUGAAAUCCCUCGGCUAUGGAGACGAAGUAGAAGUUAAAAAGGAUAAACUUUACAUAAAAUGGAAACGUUUUAAGUCUUUCUUUGAUAUUUCCUUUAGAGGAAUUAAAAACUGUGUUGAAAACAUAAUAGAAAAUGGAAGUAAUACAGAAACAAUUCUAUUUGUUGGAGGGUUUGCAGAAUCACCUUAUCUAAUUCAAAUGCUCAGAGAACAUUUUAGUAAAUUUAAAGUUCUUGUGCCAGAAGACCCAUCUCUCGUUGUCUUGAGAGGAGCUGUGUUGUUUGGGUUCGAUCCUACUGUCAUUCGAUCAAGAGUGUGUCGAUACACUUACGGAUUUGCAAAUCAGAGACCAUUCGUUGAUGGGAAAGAUAAGAUUGAAAAGAAAACAGAGCACGGCGGACGAUUUUACUGCGAUGAUGCUUUUGAUAAACAUGUUGAGAUAGGGGAGAUGCUUCAACUCGGAAAAUUUCAAGAGCCGAAAGAUUACCAUCCAUUGAAAGAUGACCAAGUACUUAUAAUGCUUGAACUUUAUGCAUCAACAGAAAAAGAUCCAAAGUACGUAGACGACUCAUCUUGCCACUUAAUUGGUGUAAUGGAGAUUGAAGUGAAACCACGAAAACAUGGAGAGGACGGAACUGUCUCAGUCCGUGUCAAUUUUAGCGGUACUGAACUGGAGAUAGAAGCACGUGAAAAGAGAACAGGAAAUAUCACCAGAUCAACGUGCAAUUUCUUGGGAUAAUUCUUUUAUGAAUAUCCAAUUGGAUUUGUUCUUUCUUUGAAGAGGCAUCUAAAAUACAUUUAACUCACAAAAACAUGGUUUAAACAUUAUUUGACAAUCAUGAAUAAUAUUAUUAUGGAUAAAUUAUUAGUCUGAGAUGAACUCUAAGACAACAAAUUUUUAUUUUCAUGUAGAGUUUGGGAUUUUCUUUUAUUACCAAACAAGCAUUACCAUAAGAUUAAAACAGUAAUAAUAAUAAUAUAAAACCAUAUCAUUUUAAUAUAAUCUAUGGAACAAAUAGGCAUGCAAUUGUUUAUAUAAAAAAGAAAAUUGCAUCUGUUUUUAUUGUAUCGAUUAAGGGUGUCCGGAAGACAAAAGUACUUUUUUAAAUCCUCAAGAGAAUAAUUACUAUCAAAAUAGCUUUUUAUCUUUUUUAAGAUGAAAAAUUUUACGGGGAAGGGCUUUUUGACAUGAAAAGAAUACAUUUAAAUUAUUUUAAAAGAUUCUAAAAGCCAUCAUACAUCAUGUUAAGCUGCAAUGUAACUGUUACAUUCAUCAUGACUAUUGCUUCAAUAAUGUUUCCUUUUACUUUAUUAGAUUCAAAUAAUAAAUCUAGUGAGUAAAUCAAACAUCAAAGUGUUUUGUGUGGAGCCAGAAAGUUUUUUUUCUUUCAGACUAAGAUAGAUUUUAGAAGAAAAUAAUGAACUAUAAAUUCUAUUAAAACCUUCCAAACCAUUUUUUUUUCAUUUAUUACUUGUCUAAUAUCCCUUUGAAAAUCUUGCAAUGGUGGGGGGACACCAUUAAUUACAAAUCUAUACCUGACGUAUGAUCAUUGAAAAAUAUUUGUUUCGUUAAAGCAACCACGAUGGACCAUUCUGCCGCAGUGGGAUUCGCAACCAAGACGUAAGGACUUAAAUCUGCACUUCUAAUAGGGUGCUGAAAACACUGCACUACGCAUGUACAUAUACAUGUACUUUCAGUAUGUAGAGCAACAGAAGUGACUCCACGCAUCUUAUACUUUACUGUCUUGUCAAUCAGCUGAUUCAACUUAAUUGACUGCAACACUUGUUUCGAGUGCAAUCUUGUACACAUGACUUCAUUGAC